AUAUUCUGUGGUAGGGCGCUCACGAGACCACGGGACUUGACAGAAAAAAAAUGGUGGUUACAGAGGACGAUCGUCGUGACAACGCGGAAAUAGAUGUCACAGAAAAUAUGGAUAGUAAUCAGCCCAACGGUGAAUUGGUUCCAAGAACUGAGCAAAAUAACGACGAAACAGAUGCAAAUGUGGAGAAUAAUGAACAGAGACGGAAGGCACAACAGUCGCGUCUGGAGUCGUUCUUUGCCAUAACGAAAUCGUUAAUUAUACGAGCCCUUAUAAUUUAUUUUAUUAGUAGCCUUUUUAGACGCUCUGAUAAUAAUCCUAAGUCUCCCAACGCCGUCGGCGACACGCGCUUACAAGCUGUAAAUUAUUUUUCGAAUGGAACACUAUUCGAUCUCAGUGUCUAUCUGUCGGAAUCUGAGAACUUUAAAAGGUUUGAUGAUCCACGAUCUUUAAUUUGGUUUGAAGAAAGAUUAGUUUAUGGAGAUUGGUAUGGUGGUCCGAACCGAGAUGGAUCUAGAAUACUUGAGCACACAUUUAUCCCAUCUGAGCAAUUGAAACAAAAUGGCUCGAUCUAUCUUCAUGUAUACAUAACGAAAAGUGGCAAAUCGCCGAAUCCCAAAGCAGGCAAAGAUAUUUAUGCUGGUGACUAUAUGUCUUAUUCGAGAAAAAUGUUAAAUAAGUUUAAAAAAAUUAGAUACCAAAAGCGACACAAUUUGUUAACUGGUGAGAGCACAGCUAGUAAAGAAGAGAUAGCGAAAGCUGAAUUGAUGGAUCAGGAAUAUGUAUCCCACUGGCACCCAAAUUUGACUGUUAAUUUGGUGUUUGAUGAAACUAACUGGGUAUAUGGUCAGGUACCACAACCUCUAGAUGAAUAUAUACAUUUCUUACCUGGUGGAAAUUCUUAUAAACCAAUACUAUAUAUGAAUGAUUUUUGGAAUAUGCAGCGGGACUAUCAACCAUUAAAUAAUACAGUAGAACAAUUGGAUCUUAGAUUAACUUAUCAACCACUUUCAUUGUUCAAAUGGCAAAUUUAUGCAGCUCAAUCUGUCAGAAACAAAUGGACAUCAUCAUUUAUGGGAGAAGUUUCCGAUGAGGAUGAUAAUGAUCAAGAUACCCUGAAAGAAACUUUACUCGAAACAAAUCCAUAUCUACUAGGAUUAACUAUAAUCGUAUCAAUCUUACAUAGCGUGUUUGAAUUUUUAGCAUUUAAGAAUGACAUUCAAUUCUGGAAUAACCGAAAAUCCCUGGAGGGUCUAUCGGUUCGCUCUGUAUUUUUCAACGUAUUCCAGUCUCUCGUUGUUCUUCUUUAUGUUCUGGAUAACGAGACAAACACUGUCGUGCGCAUCAGCUGCGCAAUAGGCUUAUGCAUUGAGGUAUGGAAGAUUAACAAAGUUAUGGACAUUAAUGUCAAUAAAGAAGUGAGAAUAUUAGGAAUUUUUCCGAAGAUAUCUUUCCAAGAUAAAGGCUCGUACGUAGAGUCUUCUACGAAAGAGUAUGACAGACUCGCUUUUAAAUAUCUCUCAUGGGCUUUGUAUCCUCUAUUGGGAGGAUAUGCAAUUUAUUCCUUAAUGUAUCUAGAACAUAAGGGAUGGUACUCUUGGAUUCUCAGUAUGUUAUAUGGAUUUUUAUUGACCUUUGGGUUCAUUAUGAUGACGCCGCAGCUAUUCAUUAAUUACAAAUUGAAGAGCGUUGCGCAUCUUCCAUGGCGUAUGCUGUCGUACAAAUUUCUAAACACAUUCAUCGACGACAUCUUUGCAUUUGUGAUAAAAAUGCCGACUCUGUACAGGAUCGGCUGCUUCCGCGACGAUAUUGUUUUCUUCAUAUUUUUGUACCAAAGAUGGAUAUACAAGACCGAUCACACUCGAGUGAAUGAGUUUGGUUUCUCUGGGGAAAUGGAGGCGCAAAUGGUGGAAAGUAAGAAACAGGUGACUGUUAAGGAUCACCCUAAGGAUGGAUUAGUGAAAAAGAAUGAAUAAUACUUGAUGUAUAUAGAUGUAGCAUCAAGUAUGUUAUAUCCUAUGUUGUUCUAAAUUAAUAAAAUGUCCGAUACCAAAGGAAUAUAAUUACACACAUCGACAUUUAUUUAUACAAAUUUUCGCAUAAUCACGUGUGUGUACAUCUAUAUUCUAUUUCCAAAUCCAACAAACACGAGCAUACUAGCAAUGCAUGAAGGAAAAAGCGACGUGAGAUAGACAAUUCUUUUAGCCAGAUAUAAAUUAUAUGCGCGAAAAUGCGAAGAGAUUGAAAUUAUAAAACACGUACGUAAGGAACAAAUAUAGUUUUCGUGGUACAUCUCGUGAUCUAAGAACGAAUUAUAAAUGUAGGUAGUAUGCUCAACAGUGUUAUCGUUCGUAUAAAUGUUCAACUGAUAUUUGCAAUGUGCCACGAAAAUUUGAGCAACACCGUUCUGUUAAUUUUCGAUGUUUAGCCAAAUACAAAAAAGAAAAGAAAAUUCAAUGAGCAUCAACGACUUCAAUGUUAAUAUUCACAUUAUCAUGCGAGAGAUGUUGCUACGAAAUAAAAUUGAUUUAAUUAUCAUACAUUAUGCGUUUACCCUUUCUUUUAAGAUAAACUUGAAUCCCCAUUUGUAUUACGAUAUUUUUACCAAGUUUACACGCAAGAGAUUGCGCCAAUAUAUUUUUCUUUUUAUCAAUUCAUAUCAGAAUUCCGUAUAAGGAAGAUUGUGCUUAGAGAAAUGCCGACAUUAGUAUUACAAAUGCAUUUAACAUAUUUUAUAUUUUGUUAGAAUAAUCAUAUAGUUCUAUGUGCUAUCGACUUAUAUUAUUAUUUUGGACAAUAUAUAUAUUAUUACAUAUCCAUAACCGCAAUGAGUAGGUACUCGUUUCUGAAUGAGAUUAGUUUGUAGCAUAAUUUCUGAGUAUUACCGCAUAUAGAUGUGUAAUGUGUGAGUUUUAACGCGGCUCUUUGAGCUAAAUUAUUACGUGCUAUCGCGGAUGUGUAUUAUUGUGGAACACGAAACGUUCGAAAAGACAGCGGGUCCACAUAAUAUUAACAUGACGCUGAAUCUAUUUAAACUGUAAAAAUUAUCGUUUGUAAUAAAUAUAGGUAAUCCUCCU